UUCUCGUCAUUUCACGCCUUAUUCAUGAAGCAAUAUGGCGUCCGUCCAGGUGGCAUCCACGAUUUUGCUGGCGAUUUUAUUCGCUUUUUUGGCCUCCUGUGAAGCAUCGGGCAACCAAUAUAAAGACGGCGAAAAGGUGACAGUGUAUGUAAAUAAAGUCGGCCCGUAUUUCAAUCCUCAUGAGACCUACCAUUACUACCAGUUGCCUGUGUGUCGACCGGAAAAGGUUGAAACACGGAGCUUGACACUAGGAGAAAUUCUGGACGGAGACAGAAUGGCGGUCUCUUUGUAUGACGUCAAAUUCAAAGAGAAUGAACUGAACAAAGAGCUGUGCAUUGUGACGCUGAAAGACGCCGACCUCAAACAGAUCAAGGAAGCUAUUGAGGAUCUCUAUUACUUUGAGUUUGUCAUGGAUAAUAUCCCGCUACGAGGUUUUGUCGGCCAUUUUGAGGAGGGCGGCUUCAUCCCGCACACUCACAAAUUGUUCCUGUGGCAUCAUCAUACCUUCUAUAUUGAAUACAAUAAGGACCAGAUUGUGUACGCCAACAUCACGACGCGGGACCGAAUGCCGUUGAAUCUUGACGACGUCGUUGCGCCGUUGGAGGUUCAGUUCACCUACUCCGUGGUUUGGCAGGAGACCAAGAUGGCAUACAACCAGCGUCACCUGAGACUGCUCAAGAGCAGCAGUUUCUUCCCCAGAACCCUAGAGGUGCAUUGGCUGUCCAUCAUCAACUCCAUGGUGCUCGUGUUCCUGCUGCUCGGAUUCGUACUAAUCAUCCUGAUGCGCGUCUUGAAGAACGACUUUGCCCGUUACAAUCUUGACGACGAUGACACCGAUGAGAUGGAUCAGGAGGAGAACGGAUGGAAGAUCAUCCACACGGACGUCUUCAGGUUCCCUCCGCAGAGGAGCCUACUCUGCGCCAUGCUCGGUGUGGGCUCCCAGUUCCUGACCCUAGCCACAGCAAUCAUCAUCAUGGCUCUACUGGGAAUGUUUAACGUCCACAAGCAUGGCUCCAUGAACACGGCGGCCAUCUUGUUGUAUGCCCUGACUUCAUGUGUGUCAGGGUAUGUGUCCAGUACCUUCUACAAGAAGCUGGGUGGGGAGAACUGGGUCUGGAACAUUGUCCUGACGUCAUCCCUGUUCACGGUGCCGUUCUUUCUGAUCUGGAGCGUGGUGAACUCGGUCGCCUGGUACAACGAUUCCACUCAAGCCCUGCCCUUCACCACCAUUCUGCUGCUCCUGUGCAUCUGGAUAUUGGUUGGCUAUCCACUGACAGUGACCGGAGGCAUAUUUGGCAAGAACAUGUCGGACUCCUUCGACGCUCCUUGCAGGACCAAGAACAUCGCCCGAGAGAUCCCGUCCGUUCCCUGGUUCCGUUCAGGACUCAUGCACUGCCUUGUUGGUGGCUUUCUCCCCUUCAGUGCUAUCUCUGUGGAGCUGUACUACAUCUUUGCCACGGUCUGGGGCCGGGAGAUGUACACCUUGUACGGCAUUCUCUUCGUGGUCUACGGCAUCCUACUGAGCGUGACUGCGUGCAUCUCAGUCGCGCUGACCUACUUUCAGCUGUCCAAUGAGGAUUACCGCUGGUGGUGGCGCUCCAUCUUCAGCGCUGGAUCCACGGGUAUUUUUGUCUUUAUCUACGCGAUUUUCUACUUCGUCAAGCGCUCCAGCAUGACGGGCAUUCUGCAGACCGUGGAGUUUUUCGGCUUCACGUUUCUCGCGUGCUACGUCUUCUUCCUCAUGCUGGGCACUGUCUCGUUUUUCGCGUCGCUGAAAUUCAUCCGGUAUAUAUACAGGAACUUGAAGAUGGAUUAGGGUCGGGCAAGCUGCCUUGGAAUUCCUUUUCUCUGUUAGUCUAUUUUUGUUUUUGGUGGAAUUAUAUAUUACAUGUAUGAGCCUUUAAUUACAGAGCAUGAACUUGGGUGUUUCACAGAAUUUCUCAUUUAUUCAGCAUUGUGUAAAAAUCGUACGAGACUAAAUGGGAAAGCUUCUUCUCUUGCGUCGCGAAAGAAAGUCCAGAAAGUCAAACUCAAAAUCAUGUGGGUGAUUCUGUAGACUGCAGUUGUUGAGUCCAGCCUGGGUUGUGUGCGUGUGUCCCUGGGCAAGGCACUUUACACUAAUGCUUCUCCCUUCCCAGGAGUAAAAUAGGUACUCGCGAGGGCAGGGAUUGUCGUUGUGUUUAUAGUCUUUUAGUUUUUAUGCCUGAGAGUGCUUUGUGCUUACAGCUCACGACAGCUGUGAUUAAUGUUGAAUAUUCGGAUACCAGUAUAUUCAGCACAAUCCUACCUACCGAUAGCAGCAAAAAAAAACCUAUUUAAAGACAAGCUCCACUUUCUGAUCUUACAAAAUCUUUUCCAAAUCUCUUUGUCAAUUGAAAGAAUCUGUGGUCCGUUGGGGUCGGUGAUAGAGGUUUUUGAAAUUAUAAUUACUUAAAAUGCAUUUCAAGAGGGUUUCAUUUUUUGUGCAGUCAAAAUUUUCAUUGAAAUUUUUUUUUAGACUAAGUGUGAAGUUGCACUACUAUUUUUUUAAUCAUCAGUUCCUGUUUUGUCAUUGUUUCACGGUUUAUAGUUUUGUUUGUUCUGUGAGGAAUUGUUGACAUUAACAUCUAUACAAUAAUGCCUGCUUUUUGUUUGUUUUGUGUUUUGGGACUUUUUUUGGGGGGGGGGUGGUUAAAUUGCAUUCAAAUUAUUCGUAAUGUUGACGUCAAUAUGUAAUACUUCUCUAAGAACAACGUUGGUGAUAAAUUUUGAUUGAACUCUUUUCAAACUCUCUGUGUGUUUGGUCAGUUUCAGAGGUUUUCCUGUCUCGAUAGUUUAAAUUUCAACCAAAUUUUUUGCGAUUAUCGUAAACGAAUAUGCCUCCAUCGCUAAGUACUUCUGCAGUUUUCUGCAGUGUUGCGUAGUGUGUAUUAAUGAAAAUAUAAACGGCCACAAAAAAAUCUUUGUACUCAUUUUAAUAAAAACAAAAAUUACUCUGACUUUACUCUGUAUAACAGCAAAAUGUACAACUAUGUGAAAAUAAAAAAUAAGAACUUGGAGGAAAUCACACACAACUGUAAAUAUCUAUACAUUAAAAGUGUGCAUCGUUUGGUUAUAAACUUAAUAUAAAUGCAAUUUACAUCAAUUUAAUGUCAUGAUCAAGUUUGAGAAAAUGGGCCGAACGCUGGAAAAAUUAUGGCCAGAUUAAACUUUGAGGAAGAAAUUGUCGCGUCAGUGCAACAAGGUCGUAAAUUGCGUAUCGCGACAUCCAUUGACUUUGUGUGUACAUCUGGGUUACUUUAAGCGAGACCUUUCGAUAUUGAAAACUUGAAUUUGACGUCACACGCCAUUUUAGGACAUACAACCUUGCUGCACGGACAUGACGAAAUCUGAAAUUUCUGGCCGUAGAAAUUGAUAUUUGUUUAUUUUUAGGUGUUUUUUUUUGCUCAAUAGCAAAAAUAUUAUUAUUUUUGUCACUUUACCCAUAUUUUCUUGAUUUUACUUCAUUGACUGUGUAGAUAUGUAUGUAGUAUGCGUUCAUUAUUUUGAUAAGGUUCCACGUAGCUGGAAUAUUUAUUUUGAAGUACGAUUACUGGUGAGAGGGCAGAAUAAAAUCUUGAACGAAAAAAAUCCAUAAGUAGCCUGGCCGUAUGACAAGUUAUGAGUCAAUGGUCAAUGGUGAAUACCUUCAGCAGUUUUGUGGAAGGCUUGUGGUGGGAUAUGUGUGGACGUCAAGCUAUGUCGGCAGCAGAAUUAAAGGGAAUAUACAACAGUUGCUUUUGCUGUAAUUAUCAGAAAUUGUUGGAAUGGGGGGGUAGUAUUUUAUAGCAAAUAUUGUUACACUGACUUGUUUGAAGUUUUGGGUUUGUAGAUGCUGGAAACACCAAGAAAAACAAGCAUGUGAAAAACAAGUCUGGUUCCCUUACCCAACUUAAGAUGAAACCGAGCAAUUUAAAGACGUCAGGGAAUUGUAUUGUCAGGGAAUCAGCCUAGCUGGCUUGUACCAGUUCACAGGUGUGUAAUCGAUUGCAAAGAAAAUGCAAACUAACUAAAUCUGAUAUAUUGGGAGUAGUAUUCGAAAAAGGCCAGUUUUUUUCAAACACCACUUUUCUUGAAAAUGUCAGCACACCAGGUGCCAUAAUUUUAGAGGAUGCUUUAGACUGUCAUUCACUAACAGUCCAGUAAGCUUUUUCGUGAUAAUUUGGUAGUUUUGUUGUUUGAUGUUUGCAAAUGUUGUAUAUUCCGUUUAAAUACUCUGAGUUUGGCGGAUAUUGAAAUUGCUCUUCAAAGAAAUGUAUGUAUUGUAUUUGUAAUGCGUUUCUCAGCUGUAAUUUAAUCUCGCGAAGCCUUGUAUUAUAAAGAUUAAUAUUCUACUGCAUGUGAUAAAACUCAACAGAGUCUUUGUAGUUGAAAAUAAAACCGAACGGAAUUUCAUUCCUAAA